AUGGACAACGAUGCUGCCAUUGAACUUCUUCAUCGUCAAACCGAGAUGACCUACCAACUCAACCUACCGAAAUACUUAAAUGAAAUGAAAGCUUCAUCCCCUAACAUUCGACAGCAAUUCGACGAUAAAGAUUUUGCCGUUGUUGGUUCACUCGCUACGUUAGAUGCCAGCGUGACGUUUGGCGAAGGAAUAAAAAAUCUAAAAGUUAUCCGGGAUGACACAAUUGCUGGGUUUGAUGGACUCCCCAAUCCUGAUAAUGGCAAGUUACACAACCGUGUUCAAAGACUGAACUCCUUGCGGAAUAUGGUCUGGCUACUAAAAGAAAAAAUGAAGUCUGGAGUGGUAACUGCCGAUUCGCCUUUGAUGGAUAAGCUCAGAGAAGCGCAGACCUGGCUUUCAACCCAAACUGGAGGGCAUCUAGGUCAAGGAAUGACGGCUGUUCUUGAAAAGGUUGGAAUCAUGGACAAGUUGAAAGCAAAAUGGGGCGCAAACUCUUUAAAAUUUAAAAGCUUCUCAGCCGCUGCUGCCAAUGGACUUGACUUUGCCAUCAAUUCGUAUAACACAUUCGUCAAUUCAGUAGCACUCAAUCAAGAAGUGACAGAUGCUAACAUUCUUGCCCUUAGUAGCUCAGUGACAGCUAUGGCUGGGGAUAUAGCGAUGGGUGUCUCACAGAUAUUGGCAAGCAGUGCCAAAGUGGCAAGUGCUGCCGGACCUAUCGGGUUUGCAGUAGCUGCAACUCUGUACAUCGCGUCGUACGCUACCGGAGUCGCAUCAGGAAUAGUAGGGCAGGAGAACCUAGAGCCAAAAGAUUAUGUCAAGAUAUUUCUAGGACCUCUAAUCCCUGCUCCAGAUUUUGCAGCUAUGGUGGAAAUUUUUGACGCGUAUGCAAAGGGAGACGUCUUUCAUGCGUACUACUUGUACAUGACACAAUCGACUCCUGCCGCUUUCUAUAUCGUGGCCAUGGCAAUUAAGGAUGUGAAAACUGGUUCGAAUGAACUGAGCAAAUAUACAGCCUUCUUAGAGUUUUUGAGAAUGGCACACUUGAUUGAAAAGAGGGAUGAGUUCCAGGAAAAGCUCAAGAACAGUAUGAAGUCUAUCAUUAAAGAUAUCAAACCUAAGAAAUUUCUUUUUGCCUAUCCUGCCGUUUUCAAGACUGACGCAGAGAGUGGAGAAUAUUCGACUGAAGGAUGGAACAACUCACCAACAUUAAAACGUGAAUUUGAAAUCACUGAUGAGCUUGUUAACAAGGUUGUGUUCAUGGCUACUUACAAUGAUGAUUUUAAGAAACCAUAUCAAUGUCGUGCUGAAGCUGCUCAAGGAUUCACGUUUUGUCCCAGAGUUGUCGAUCGCGGUGAUAAUGGGUUGAUCUUUUUGGGAAGUAACGAAUUGACUGACAAAGUAAUAUUGGAAGAGAACACAGAAGCUUACGGGAUGGGAGGAGAUGAUCAAUUUGAAUUGAAGUCACCCAGUGGAAUAGGAACAGUCAAAAUCGAUGGAGGGGCAGGAAGUGACUACAUUGACACGAUAAAUGCCCACCGGGAAGGACUAAACUAUAUUUCUGGAGGUGGACCAGAGAGAGAUACCAUCAGAGGGGGAUUUGCUAAGGACAUUAUCUCUGUGGACAACGACGAAGUUUGGGACGUUGAUGGUGACAACGUCUUCUUGGUAGAAGGAGCUGGUAACGACAACAUCCAGGUGGGACCUGGAGCAGACCUCACUAUCAUCAAGAAAUCAGCGGGCACCGCGUCAUUUACCAUGCACAAAGCGAACAAAGAGACAAGAGACAAGCAGAAACCAAAGAGAAUUGUGUACGAUAGUGAUACCAGGUUGACUCAUGGGGAGAACAAUGCAGACAAAGAUAUCAUUGAAGGAAGCUAUACAUACCACGAUGUACUUUCCCUGACUAACUACAAGCCAGACACGUCAACACGAUCGCCUGACCAAAGAAUAGUUCUUAUUGAUCAAGGAAACGCCGAAGGAAGGAGGACCGUGGAUUUUUUUAUAAGUCAGAUCACUCAAGCAGUCGACGAUCUCUUUGAAGAUCACCAUGGCGAAGUGCUCUCUAGUGCCUAUCCUUUUCGUGCUCUAAUGGUGGAAGAUGCUCAGCACAUCUACUUCAAACACAUCGAGAGAUUUGAACUGAGCAAACACAGUUUCAAUCUUCUUCUACUGGCAAACAAUCCGUAUCGAAACACAAGGCACGAAGUGAUUGGUGGCGCGUUAGACGAUUAUGUCAUCAACUUAGAUGAAGACAUUGAAGUCCUGGCUCAGAUGGGCACUGGUGCUAAUCGAGUGUUCUCUGGUCCUGGAAAUGACGCCUACUCUGUCAUUCUGGAUAAUUCCAAAGACGUAAUCUACGACCGGGGAGGUGAAAAUAUCGUUGCUAUCAUGUUGGAAGAGAGCAUGACGCUUCAAGACGUACAAAUCAUGCGGAACGGGAACAACCGUUACAGAAUAUCAAAAAAAUUUGGUUACUCCUUACUUGAUUAUGUGUUCCAUGGCGACAAUGAGCAAGACAAGGUUCAGUUCCUUUUCAGAGAUAACACAGGCAAAGAAGUUGUCUUUAAGAUGCUAAAGCGGCCGCAGUAUGUUACGAACAGGUUUCUUGACCUCGUUAAUAUAAAUGACUAUCAUAUCGGUUACGAAUUCCUUUGUGAAUACAGAGAUAUAAUAUUGAAGAUUUCCCCUGCAAAAGGGGAGACACUUCAUGAAGAGGAAUGC